GUCGGGGCCUGACCCUGAGCAGACCCCGAAUGAUCAGGAGGAGGUGACCGUGCAGAAUAAGGCGGAUGUUGAUCUCGAGACGCUGCGAGAGGCCAUCGAGGCGUACCUGAAGCUGACGCGGUCGGAGACCAAAGGAAGCAAAGGGGAUCCCUCGGAGGUCCAGGCGCCCGGGGGAGAUGAUGAGCCACACGAGGCAAAACAUCUCCUGAAGCUCUUCCGGACAAUGAUCGAUCCCAAGAAGGAUGUGCUCACUCAGCUCCUGAAAAAGCUCGAGGACAAGCUUUUUGUCGAUGAGGAGGUCCUUUGCUUGACUAUGCGGUCAGCAUCAGCUGCGGUCACAGCAAGGCUCUGGGAGAGAACAGUGGAUGCCAUUGAAAGAGAUCCGGGGCCGGGUCACUUCUUAGAUGGCGAGAUUCCCGAGACGCCUAAAGCGUGUGAGUCAGCGACCGACACGUCCUCUGCCGUUCACGCCAUGGUGAUCUUGAUGUGCCCGAUAAAGAAGAGGCGCGAGUUCUACCGGCACCUCGUCGAAUACGACUGGGAGGCGGUUUGCGGCGCCUUCUGCUACAUGUUCUUGUCGCCACACUGUGGACCGCCGGAGACGUUGAAGAGGAUCUGCGACUGCCUCCUCUUCCUCGAUGCCGAGGCGUCAUCGAAGGUGGAGCUCGAUGUGGAGACGGCGGAGGAGAUGCAUCAGAUGAAUGCCAAGCUCCAGCAGACGGCUGUCGCAAUGGUCGAGUACCUGAGAGACUACGAGCAGGAGGAACUGUGGUACAGCGAGGUCGGCGCGGAAAUCCUGGCUGACUUCCAGUUCGUGGAUGCUCGGCUCUUCUUCUUUCGUCCCCGGCUCCAGCGGAUUCUCUGCGACAUGUGGCAUCCCAAGUACGACCAUGUCAGCGACUGGGAGUACAUGUGCUACGUGCUGAAGUUUCAUGCCGGCAACAUCAUGGGGCUUAUUUUGCUGAUUCCCUGCGCGCUGUGCCCGAGUCUAGAAAGCUACGUGUACAACAGAAAAAUCUCGAUGGAGAGAGAGAUACGAAAGAGAAGGGAUGCAGAUCGCCAGAAGAUUGAGAAGGAGGUCAGCGAGGAGAGUUCGCGGCGAAUGACCUGGAAAGCCAAAACACAAGCGGAUAGGAUCAACGGAAAGAAACAGAAGGAGAUCACCGACCUCUGGAUGAACAGCUGCUUGACGAUCCUGCUGCCGCGCCAGAAGAAGUACCUUGCAAUCUUCACGAAUCUCGCCUUUGUGGCCUUCCUCGUGCUCUACGACCCCAGUCAAGGCUACGCCUUCACGAUUCUGAUGCUGAGCGGCGGAGCCUUGUACUCCGAGAUUCUGCAACUCUUGGGCUCUGGCAUGACGCCGAAGGCGAUUGAGAGGAGCAUCCGCCUGUGGCUGAUGGACCGGGUGAACAUCGCAGAGUUCAUCGCAUUUGGGUUCAUUUGCGUGAGCUGCAUCUUCCGCCUGAUCCACGAGACUGCGGAAGGAGAGGAGCCGAACUACAUCCAAGCCAUGUGGGCCUGCGGCGUCUUCUUCAUGGGCAUGUCGCAGGGCGUGAGCCUGCUGAGGAUGUCCUCGGUUUACGGACCCCUGGUGUCCAUGAUGGCUGGUGCCAACAAGUCCGGCCCAAGAGACACAAACCCUCCAACCCUGCAAUCGCUCUAA